AAGGCAUGCAUUACUUUACAUAAAUGCAUCUCAAAUCACCACUCUCUUUCCAACAGCUUUCCCCCAUUAACUUUCUCUCCAAGCAAACAACUCUCUCUCUCUUGCAUGGUCACCAUGAACCCCACCAAGAAAACCACCCAAGGCCGCCAGAAGAUCGAAAUCAAGAAGAUUGAGAGCGUAAGCAAUCGCCAAGUCACCUUCUCGAAACGUCGUGCCGGCCUCUUCAAGAAGGCCAGCCAACUCUGCAUCCUCAGCGGCGCUGAGAUCGCCAUUGUCGUCAAAUCUCCCGGAAAGCGCACCUUCGCUUUCGGCCAACCCAGCGUCGACGCCGUCAUCGAUCGAUACCUCACCGGAACCUCCGCCGCCGCCGAGCAGAACAACCGCCCUUCGGUGCUCGAUUUCAAUGAGAAAUACGCCCAAGUUUCGAAGGAAUUGGAGGCGGACAAGAGGCGGAGAGCGGUGAUUGAGGAGACAAAGAAGGCUUCGAAUGACGGCGGAUUUUGGUGGGAUGAGGCGGUUGAGGAACUAGGGUUAGAGGAGCUGGAGCAGUACGUGGUGGCGUUGGAGGAGUUGAAGAAGAAUGUGAGUAUGAAAGCUGAUGAGUUGAUGAUAAUGAAAGCGAAUUCUUCAAUGAUGUUUGGUAUGAAUGAAAGUGCGAAUCAUGGUGGACUGGGUUUGAUGAGUGAUUGUGCUACUUAUACGGUUCCUCAUGGGUUUGAUUGUGCGAAUUCUUCAAUGAUGUUUGGUAUGAAUGAAAGUGCGAAUCAUGGUGGACUGGGUUUGAUGUGUGAUUGUGCUACUUCUAUGAUUCCUCAUGGGUUUGAUUUUGGACGUGGCCAGUUCUGAGUUGGUGUUUGGUUAGUGAGAAAACGAUUUUCUUAGUCUUGGCGAAUUUGGGUUUUACUUCCAUAUUUAGAAUGUUAUUGGAUUGGAAAAUCAAGUUAAAUUAACAAAUACCAGGUUGAUUUGCAAUUUUUUUUUUUUUUUGGGAAGCUUGGAACAAAUUACUCCAAUAUUUGUGGUAAUUGUCAUUGGGUUUCCUUAAUGGAAUCAAUAUCUUGUAAUGUAAGGUUCUGUUGAUCUUGAAUUUAUGGAAAAGAAAAAAGAAAUUAUAUUAGUUGUUCACAUAACUUGCAUCUUGUG